GCCGAUGGGGGCGGGGCCGGGCCGCGCUCCCGGUGACGCUGCGGCCACAGCGGAGCUGGGGAUUAAUGGGAAAAGUUUUGGCAAUAACCAGGGGAUCCUGCGGAGCGUGCGGGAUUGCGGCAGCGGCACUGGAGGUGGCCGGGACAGCAUUGUGUGGUGGUUUGGGCAUGCACGUGGCACUCACACAGUGGCUUCUGCUCACCGACAGAUGAGGACAGAAACACGAAAGAGACAGGGUGCGACCAGUAGACGUAUCUUAGAUGACUGCUCUCAAGAGUUUAAAACCCCAGACGUUACUCACCAAGGAGGAGAAGUGAUACUCUUUCACUGUAAGAGAAGGCCAAGAGGACACUGGAAUGGUGGGAGAAGGUACAAUCCAUUCUCUAGGAGCAGCUUGAGUAGAGCCAUCUUUUAAAAAAUGCUGAUGGGAACUGCCCUGUAGAGGUCUAUCUGCGUUCAGACCCAGAUGAUGCCAGAGCUAUGACCGGGCCUGCAGGCGUGGUGUCCAGGGGAAGUCAGCCAUGGAGCAGCCACAGGAGGAAGCCCCUGAGGUUCGGGAAGAGGAGGAGAAAGAGGAAGUGGCAGAGACAGAAGGAGCCCCAGAACUCAAUGGGGGACCAGAGUGCUCUCUUCCUUCCAGCAGCUACUCAGGUGGGUUGAGAUUCUCUAUUGGCUGUAAUCUUAAUGGAGGGAGAUUGCCAGGCCUUUCCUCCAUAGCACCGCUGGACCUCUCCCAGAGCUCCUCGCCAGCGUCUCUGCUGGACCAGCUGCAGAUGGGCUGUGAUGGGGCCUCAGGUAGCAGCCUCAACAUGGAGUGCCGGGUGUGCGGGGACAAGGCAUCAGGCUUCCACUAUGGCGUCCAUGCCUGCGAGGGGUGCAAGGGCUUCUUCCGCCGGACGAUCCGCAUGAAGCUGGAGUACGAGAAGUGUGAGCGCAGCUGCAAGAUCCAGAAGAAGAACCGCAACAAGUGCCAGUACUGCCGCUUCCAGAAAUGCCUAGCUCUGGGCAUGUCGCAUAAUGCCAUCCGCUUUGGCCGGAUGCCAGAGGCGGAGAAGAGGAAGCUGGUGGCGGGGCUGACGGCAAGUGAGGGGAGUCGGCACAACUCACAGGUGGCUGACCUGAAGGCCUUCUCCAAGCACAUCUACAAUGCCUACCUGAAAAACUUCAACAUGACCAAAAAGAAGGCCCGUGCCAUCCUCACCGGCAAGGCCAGCCACACGGCGCCCUUUGUGAUCCACGACAUCGAGACAUUGUGGCAGGCAGAGAAGGGCCUGGUGUGGAAGCAGCUGGUGAACAGCCUGCCGCCCUACAAGGAGAUCAGCGUGCACGUCUUCUACCGCUGCCAGUGCACCACAGUGGAGACCGUGCGCGAACUCAUUGAGUUCGCCAAGAGCAUCCCCAGCUUCGGCAACCUCUUCCUCAAUGACCAGGUGACCCUCCUCAAAUACGGUGUGCACGAGGCCAUCUUCGCCAUGCUGGCCUCCAUCGUCAACAAGGACGGACUGCUGGUGGCCAAUGGCAGUGGCUUCGUCACCCGCGAGUUCCUGCGCAGCCUCCGAAAGCCCUUCAGCGACAUCAUUGAGCCCAAGUUUGAGUUUGCGGUCAAGUUCAACGCCCUGGAACUUGAUGACAGUGACCUGGCUCUAUUCAUCGCAGCCAUCAUCCUGUGUGGAGACCGGCCAGGCCUCAUGAACGUGUCACAGGUAGAGGCCAUCCAGGACACCAUUCUGCAUGCCCUUGAGUUCCACCUGCAGGCCAACCACCCCGACGUCCAGUACCUCUUCCCCAAGCUGCUGCAAAAGAUGGCUGACCUGCGGCAGCUGGUCACUGAGCAUGCCCAGAUGAUGCAGUGCAUCAAGAAGACUGAGACAGAGACCUCGCUGCACCCCCUGCUCCAGGAGAUCUACAAGGACAUGUACUGAGGCGCAGUGCCCAGGGCCUCCCCACGGCUCUCCAGGGGAGCAGACAGUGUGGGAGAGGCACUUUCCAUGUGACUUGCCGUUGACCAGCCCUAGGCACUCAGUAUGGACCAGACUGGAGCAGUGAGCUCUUGCUCGUGGUCUCAGACACACAGCCCCUUGUUCCCUGUACUCUCAUUCUGUCUCUGUUUCACUCACCUCCUCAUUCUUUCUUUCUGUCUUGCCCCUCUCCAACUUCCUUGGUUCCUCUUUGUGCUUACACUUCUCUUGCUCUUUUUCUUCUUUUCUCUGUAUAGGUUUCCCUCCUCCUUCCUCACCUGUCCCCCUCUGAUUGCCCAUUCCCACAUCUGUCCUUCUUUCGUUUUCUGGGAAACCGUUCGUAUUAUUUCACCAGCAGCAUAGAACAGGACCUCUGCUUCUGCCCCCCUUUUCUCAGGAGCAGAGAUGUGGGGCCUUCCCUCUGCCCCAUCAGUGUGCCUGCAGGGCUGGGCCUCAUUCUGGCUCCUGGCUUCGGAGCCAACGGCUGGAGCCAUCCAAAGAAACACUAAGCAGCCUGGGCCUGGCUUCCUGGGGAAGCCAAGCAAGGCCUGGGCUGACUACGCAGAAGCCUGUAGUCAGCAGGUCCCCACUGUGAAGGACACUGGGUGGAGGGGGGCGUGGGUCGAGAGCCAGGAUGCCUCCCCCAGACUGUCACUGCCCUCCCAAGGAUGAGCCUGGCAGUCCCUGACCCACCCACCCCACUCCCACAGUGCACUGCAGCCCACGACACCCAACAUCCUUUUUGUUCUUCUUUGCACUGGUCUUCCAGGCCAGUGUUGCUGAUGGCCCUCUGCGCUGGCUGCUGGGGGGAACCCCUCAGCCUUAGCCUGGAAGGAGGCGGGGUACCCUCCAGGUGGGGUCCCCCUAUGUCCCCAUUGACAAGGAGCAGGCCUAAGGGAGAAGGUGAAGGCUGGUGGGGAAAGGAGGGAGCAGUACACUUAAUCCUGACCCAGGACUUGGGGUCUGAGGGCCAGGGACAGUGUGGGGUAGGCCUUCCAUCAGCACCCACACUCCUCUACUCUGGAGCAGCCGUUAGUCCUGCCUGCAUUGCGUAAGCACCGCAGCUCCCAGGUCCUCACCCAGGCCUGGGGCCUGGCCUCAAAGCAGGACCAUCCCUUUCCUUAGCUUGGAGACACUGGCACUCGCUUCAGCUGAGGAGAAGAAGCACACGCCCCACACCUCCCCACACACUCCCUGGAGCUGCCACUCCAGCACACACCGCAAGCACUGAAAUCACUUUACCUGCAGCUUUGGCACCCUGCACACUCCCCUCCCGAGGCAGAUGAGGAUCCAGAGGGGCCUGCAGACCGAUGGGCAGAGCUGUGCCCCCUGUUGUCAGGGCUGGGCCAGAUCUCUGGGGGAUAGGGGCGUCCUGCUGAGUCAGCCUAGCACCUGUUCACAGGGGAUAAACUUGUCCUGCUUAUUCUGACAGCCUUUUGUCCCUGCAGCUCUGCUGCCCUCUCCCUCACUUCUCCCCGCUGCCCAUACACACACAGCUAGUCACCUGGACCUCUCCCUGCACGCUCUAGUCACUGGUGACCUUUCCGGGUCCCACUCCCCCAGGUGAAAGUAUGCUAGCCUCAGAGGAGGGCCUGAAGUGCAGCCUGAAGUGGGGGGUCUGAGCAGGAGAUCAGUGAGGAAACUGGCCUAUGGGGUGGGGGAGUGAGGGAGUAGCUAGGGUCCCAGAAAGAGCUGGUGGGAGAGUUAGGGCUCCUGAUUCCCCAUUCCCAUGUCUGUCGCUGGACAGGCUUCCUGGUUCCUAUCUGGCCCUCCUUCCCAUGGGACCUUUUAGCCUGACUGCAUUCGAGGCAGGAAAUGCCCAGGAGAGAGGACGAGCGCCAGCACCCGCCCCUGCCCGUGCUUUGGCUUUCCCAGGUCCCAGGAUUGCUCUCUACUGGUCAGAUUCUUCCCUUCUCCCCACACCCCCACAGCCUCACUGACCAGGGAUUGUGUUCGGGGUGUCAGCGUGCUCCCUUUUGGGCCACUGCUGUUAAAGGGAGAGAUGCUGUGCCUGACCUGACCUCCCCCCAUGCACCGACCCCGACCCGGGUCUGGUGCUGAGGAUACAGCUCUUCUCAGUGUCUGAACAAUCUCCAAAAUUGAAAUGUAUAUUUUUGCUAGGAGCCCCCAGCUUCCUGUGUUUUUAAUAUAAAUAGUGUAUACAGACUGACGGAACUUUAAAUGGGAAUUAAAUAUUUAAGAGUUGACUUUAA